AUGUCUUCCCCGAACAAGGGACUAGCUGUGGCUAUUCUCGGAUGCGGGAAGAUCGGCCAAGCGGUGCUGCAGGGCCUCCUUGCCGCUGCGCUGCAGGCCCCGACAACCAUCAAUGACGGCGCCACCAAGCCCCACACUCCUGUCGACAACAUCCAAGUGACGGUUCGGUCAGACGCCGCAGUGGAGCGAGUCUCGCACGCCAUCCGCCCCUUCCUGGCUGGGGGCAAAAAUGGAUUCCCCGGCGUCGAGAUCUGCAAGAGCGACCGCAAUCGCGCCAUCGCGCUGCGCGCUGAUAUCGUUCUGAUCGGCUGCAAGCAUACCGCGCUGGCAGAGCUGCUGGCGGACGUGCAAGGAGGGCGAGGCGAUCUGUGCCGAUCCCAUGGUCGUGGUAAGGAUCAGAUGAUCGUACCGGGGUCCAGCCCACGGGUCUUGGUGAGUCUGGUCGGCGGGGUCUCUGCUGAGAGUAUCGCGAGGCAGAUGAAUGGCCAGGAUGGUGGCGAUCAGGGCUGGCUGGUGACGCGGGCCGUCUGCAGCGUUGCGGCAGCUGUGCGUGAGUCGGUGACUGUUUUGUCAGAUACUGAGGCGUGGACGACACAUUCCGCGGCUCGCAGUCUCGUCACCGCUUUGUUCGAGCAGCUGGGUAUUGUGCGAUGGUUACCGGAGAGGCAGAUGCAUGCUGCGUCGGCGCUGGGAUCUUCGUCGGUAGCCUUCUUUGCUGGGAUCAUCGCUGCGCUGGCUGAGGGGCUGGGGGCUGAGGGUGAUGACGAGAAUGAGAACAAGGACGAUGCGGCUACGCUGCCCUUGCAGGUGGCAUUGGAGAUUACGGCUCAGGCUGCUCGCGGUGCGGCCACGCUUAUUCAUCACCAGCGCGCGCCACAGGAGAUCGUGGCUCAGGUCUCAACGAAGGGCGGUGCUACGGAGGCUGGGUCUGUGGUUCUGGAAAGCAAGCGGGUGAUGCAGAGCCUGAGGGAGUGUAGUGCUGUUACUGCAAACGCGACGGCUGGACUGGGCGCAAAGAGCUCGCAGGGUCGAGCUUAAUCUCAGUCAUACACCAUCUACAUGGGACGUCUAGGUGGGAUGGCUUCUGG